CGGGCGUUUAACUUUCUCUGUUUCCAAGUCCCUAAGAUCCUUCCCAGCGUGAUAAGACAAUUAUGGCUACAGGUGAGGAAGAUAGUAUAUGCAUCCAUAGGCGCACUCACUACUAGGACUACAGCGCCACGUCGAGGAAUCAAACCAAAGAUCGUAAGUCAAACUUACUUUGACUGCUUGAUGGAGUAACUAUGAAUUUCCGUGAACAGAAACCUCCUAAGAAACACGGACCCGCUAUCAGUGUGGAGGAGACCUGGUCAACCUUGUCUCAAAAUAUCAAAGAAAUCCUCAACCAUAAUGCUGCAAAUCUUUCGUUUGAAGAAAAUCACCGCUAUGCAUAUCACUUGGUGCUGUACAAGAACGGCGACAUCCUUUAUCGGGGGAUGAAGAAAAUUGUAGCAGAGAAUUUGGAUAGGCUUGCGAAAGAGGAAAUUAUAUCUGCCUUUCCUACAACGGGUACCGGUGAUCCGAUGCAGAGGAGCCAGGAGAACGAGCUGCUUCUGAAGGCUUUAAAGAGUGUAUGGGAUGAUCAUACUAGCAAUAUGGCGAAGUUAGGCCAAAUUCUGAAGUACAUGGAUCGCAUAUACACUAAACCUGCUGAGGUGCCAGAAACUUGGGAGGCUGGACUCCAACUAUUUCUCAAACAUAUCAUUUGUCCUCCUAUUAAAGAUCAUCUCUUGACCGCAGUCUUGAACCAGAUACAAUAUGAACGGGAGGGUUAUACAAUCAAUCGUUCUGCCGUCAAAGGCUGCGUCGAAGUCUUACUGAGUUUGGAUUCCGAUGACAAUGCUUUAACGGUAUACCAACAAGACCUAGAACCUGUGCUACUCAGGGAAAGCGAGGCGUUCUAUAAAAGAUACGGCGACACCCUUCUCGAAACGUGUGAUACUUCAGAAUAUCUGUCAAAGGUCGCAUCUCGCUUUGAAUCGGAAGAAUCCCGAACCCAUCUUUAUCUUUCCAGGAAAACCGCUGAACCACUUAUGCGAAUACUUCAAGAUAAUCUUCUCGCUGUUCAUCUUGACGCUGUUAUCACCAUGCCUAAUUCUGGCCUCGAUGCACUCAUCGACUUGGACAAAUUCGAAGAUUUAGCACGACUGUAUCAUCUUUUUGGCAUGGUUCCUAACGGGAUUCCCUGCCUGAAAAAAACUCUCAAAGCUUCGAUCACUAGAAGAGGGCGCGAUAUUAAUCAAGCAUCGUUAGGGGACGCUAGUGGUGGCGGAAUCGAAUCAAAAGACGCUGAUAUGGAAUCGCGAAAAAUAAAAGAUAAAGGGAAAGGCCGUGCAAUAGCUGCGAGCCAGACUCUGACUACAGCACUGAAAUGGGUGCAAGAUGUCCUUGAUUUAAAGGACAAGAUAGAUUCCGUUUGGAUAAAAUCCUUCGCCAGCAACCCAAAGGUCGAAGCGACUAUGAACGAAGCUUUCGAAACGUUUAUCAAUAGUAACGAUAAGUGCUCAGAAUUCAUAUCUUUGUUUAUUGAUGACCAUCUGAAGAGAGGGCUGAAAGGGAAAACCGACGAAGAGGUGGACGUUGUUUUGGACAAAACAAUCACUGUCUUCCGAUAUCUCACUGAGAAGGACGUCUUUGAGCGAUACUACAAGAAUCAUCUUGCAAAGCGUCUUAUUCAAGCGAAGUCUGUAUCUGACGACGCAGAACGUGGAAUGUUGGCGAAGCUGAAAAUAGAAUGUGGAUAUCAGUUCACUCAAAAAUUGGAAGGGAUGUUCCAUGAUAUCAAAAUCUCGGCGGAUACCAUGAAGUCCUACAAGGAGCACCUCGCAAAAUCGAUACCGUCACUUUCCAUUGACCUUUCGGUGAUAGUCAUGACAUCGACCUUCUGGCCGUCGCAUUCUUCGUCACCGUGCAAUUUGCCUCAACAAUUGCUGGACACUAUAAAACCGUUCGAGGAGUUUUAUCUUUCUCAACAUUCCGGUCGUAGACUUACUUGGCAACUUUCCUUGGGAAACGUUGAUGUGCGAGUUGCGUUCAAAAGCAAAAAGCAUGAUCUUAACGUGACCACAUUUGCCGCGGUCAUUCUAUUACUCUUCGAAGAUCUCAAAGACGACGAUUUCCUGACUUACGAAGACAUUCAACAAGCCACUUCUAUAGACCACGCCGACCUACAGCGUCAGCUACAAUCCCUAGCAUGCGCCAAAUAUAAGGUGCUGAGAAAGCAUCCUCCAGGUCGCGACGUCCAGAGUAGUGAUGCCUUCUCUUUCAAUUCGGCUUUCACUGCACCUCUGCAAAAGCUCAAAAUCAGUACGGUCUCUUCGAAGGUGGAAAGCGGAGAAGAAUUGAAGGAAACCCGAGAUCGCAUAGACGAGGAGAGGCGGCAUCAAACAGAGGCAUGCAUAGUUCGAAUAAUGAAAGAUCGCAAGCACAUGUCACAUAAUGACCUGGUCAACGAAGUGACACGGCUUCUUGCUAGUCGGUUUCAGCCGAAUCCUCUCAUUAUCAAGAAACGUAUUGAAGGGUUAAUUGAGAGGGAUUAUCUCGAACGGGCCGAGGAUCGUAAAUCUUACAACUACCUCGCAUGAGGUUUUAAAUCUGUGACUUACAUUAGCAUGUACACUAUAGCAUUUGUUUCCGACGAUGGAUAGAAGUGUGGCGCAGCAUUGUCAUAUUCGACUUUCAAUACCGUGCAUUACAUGAAGUUUCUGGUCUGCACUUUGAUCUCUUGAAACUUGGACUAUCAGGACGCUUGUUCAGCCUUGUUGCCCGUUCUGAGUUACUACUCGGAAAAGAGAGCUGUAAGGGCGGUCCGAUCCAAACAUGACUGUUUAUACAU